AAGCUGAUAAAUUGCAUGUUGUUGCCUUAUUAGCAUUUCGUAUUAAAAAUAUUGUUUCUACUCAUAGGGUGGAUUUAAAGAAGUCAGUUUAGAAUUUUUAAACCAAACCCUUGACAAAAAGUUAAUGGCUACAUUAAAAAAAAAACGAUCGGGUUGUGAGAAAGAAGGCAAUGAAAGCACUGAAUGGUCCACUGGAAAAAAGUUGCAGACUGAAGCACCAAAGGAAGAAGUUGAAGAUGAUGUAAGUCUUAUGAGUUCUGGAGCGUGUGGAGCUUUUGUUCAUGGAUUUGAAGAUGAAUUACAAGAGGUUCGAACUGCAACUUUGGACUCAUUUUGUAAACUUGCUACUCAUUUCCCUUCUUUUGCUUCUAUUUCUUUGGAUUUUCUUGUGGACAUGUUCAAUGAUGAAACCGAAGAAGUAUGUCUGAAAGCUAUACAGUGCCUUCAGAAAAUAAGUCUGCACAUAAUGCUUCGGGAAGACCAGCUGAAAACAAUUUUAGUUGUAUUAGAGGACUUUUCUAUGGACUUAAGGGAAGCUCUUCAUGGAAUGCUUGCAUCUUGCCGUCUAACUACAAAAGAAUGCUUGAAAUUCUGCAUUGAUAGCUUAUUAAAAAACUUAAUGCGUUAUCCCCAGGAUAAACGAUCCAUCUGGAAGUGCUUACAGAAACUUGGAGAGAGGCAUCCAUAUUUAACAUUACCUCUAGUGCCAGAGCUCUUGAGUCUGCAUCCAUUUAUUGAUAUGACUGAACAAAAUGUUGAAGAUCCAGCUUAUAUUUGCAAUUUAAUUUUGGUAUUCAAUGCUGCUGCCAACUGUCCUGUAAUGCUUUCACUUUUUGACGAAUAUACCCAGAAACAUUAUUCAUAUUUGAAAGAUACCUUGCCUCAUCUGGUUCCACAAUUAAAGCUUAGGAAUUUAUCUGCUGCUCCUGUUGAAUUAGAACAAUCUGAUGAGCAUUCCAGAAAAUUUCUGAACCAAGUUUUGGAAAGAGUUGCUGCAGCAGAACAUCGUAACCCAAAAGCUAGGCAGAGUAUCCUAGAAACAUCUAUUCAAGAUCUAAAGCAGUUAUCUGCCAUCGAACCUAAACUAUCAGCUGCUGCUAAUUGUGCUGCUUUGUAUAUACAGUGUCAGCUUCUCUUAGCAAAGAUAAUUUCUAAUAAGAAUUGGUUAAAUCCAUCUUUGCUAUCACCAUUACAGAGUAGUUCUUUGAAAUCAUCCCUAGAACAGCUUUUGCAGUUAUCCUUUUGCCUUAGUCACCAGUUUCUGGGCUUAAACAGUGAAGAAAUAAUUUGCUUAAGACAACUGAGACUUCGAGCUCUUUCACUGCAGUUAAUGGUCCUAAUAAGAGGGAGUAAUACUUCUGCUUUAGGACCCUGUGAAGCAUUUUUGGAGCAAGUUGAUUCUUUGCAGAGAUUUCAAGAAGAUCAAGGUCUCCAUCCAGACAGCUUCACAUCUGCUCUUUUCCGAGACUUGGACUCUCUGGAAGAUCCUAAACCAGGGACUGUAGCUAGAGUACUUCAACCUUUACUUCAGUCUUGUCCAUGCCCUUCUUUACGUCUGAAUGUUGAUAGUCCUGAAGGUCUUGAACGGGUAAGGCAAGCCAGUGCUGUGAUACAUGAGCCUGCUGCUGAUUCAGAAAACAUCCACAAAUUCACUGCUGGUCUUGUUUUAGGAAUAACAAUGGAUGCUGAAAUAGAAAAUGUAGAGAAUGUCAAAAAUGUAAAAGUUAAAGUUAAAUACCCUGAUCAGCAGGUACAACUUAUUUUACCAAGACUUGCAGAUUUUAGACAACAAGAUGAUUUACAGUACAGACUUUACACUUCUGUUCUUCUUUCUCACAGUAUUUGGUCAGAAGCCUGCCAUGUUGAAAUGAGCUUAGUGCUCGACUUUAGCGAUACAGAAGCAAGUGCAAGAAACAGUCAAAAAAAUACUGGCUGGUUUAAAGCUGAAGACAGUACGAUUGAGUUGUGUAAACCAGUUAAAGUAAAUAUAUCUCCUAAACCAGCAAAAAAAGGGAUAUAAAAUGUACAUUUUUGUAAAAUAUGUGAAUUGUAAUAUAACUAAUUUUAUGAUUUAUUACAUUAUGUUUCCAUAUCCUAUUUUUUAAUUAUAUAUAUAUAUUAUAUACACAUUUGAAACUUUUUUUUGUAUUCUUUUAAAUUUUUUUAUGGUAAUCAGUUUUGCACAUUAAUUUAAAGAAAUUAGGAAAAAAAAAAAAAAAACUACCUUGUGUAUGCAGUGGAUAUCAAGUUAACAUUGACAACAUUUUUAGUACCAGUGAUGAUAAAACUUCUAACUGCUGA